UUUUAAUAUAAGUUCUAAAUUUAAAAAAUAUGUCCGUAGUGCCAGUAGUAAAAUUUGAGAACGGCCACACUUGUCCCGUUAUCGGUCUCGGUACCUGGAAGUCUGCCCCCGGUCAGGUGACGGAGGCUGUUAAGGAUGCAAUCGAUGCUGGUUACCGGCACAUAGACUGCGCCCACAUAUACCUCAACGAGCCGGAGAUCGGAGAGGCCCUCAAGGUCAAGUUUGAGGAAGGAGUUGUUAAGAGAGAAGAUAUAUUCAUAACUUCCAAGUUGUGGUGUACGUACCAUCGACCAGACCUCGUGGAGGGCGCCGUCAGCGUCACCCUCAAGGACUUGGGUCUGGAGUACCUCGACCUGUACCUGAUACACUGGCCACAGGCAUACAAGGAAGGAGAAGAGAACUUGCCUCUUGACGAGAAUGGCAAAGUCAUACCCUCACCGGUGGACUUUGUGGACACGUGGAAGGCCAUGGAGGGCCUCGUGGAGAAGGGCCUGGUGAAGAGCAUCGGCGUCUCCAACUUUAAUAGGAGACAAAUCGACAGGUUGCUGACAUUGGCUGAUAUAAAACCAGCUGUUUGCCAAAUCGAAGUGCAUCCAUACCUAAACCAACAGAAGCUCAUUGACUACUGCAUGUCGAAAGGCAUCGCUGUGACCGGGUACUCCCCUCUCGGUUCCCCAGACAGACCCUGGGCCAAGCCUGACGAUCCCCUCCUGAUGGAUGACCCAAAGCUGAAGACGAUCGCGGAGAAGUAUGAAAAGACAGUCCCUCAAGUGCUGAUAAGGUACGCGAUCGAACGUGGUCUGAUAGUCAUCCCCAAGUCCGUCACCAAGAGUCGGAUCAUCUCCAACUUCGACGUGUUCGACUUCAGCCUCACACCUGAUGAUCUUACGCAGAUCUCCACGCUGGAGUGUAACGGACGCUUCUGCAACAUGGGAGAUACACACCACCCCGAGUAUCCCUUCAAAGAUGAAUAUUAAGCAAGCGUUGAGAUAUUUAAGUCGAGUGCCUAUAAUUUAUAAAAUUUAUGUAACGUGAGCUGUAUGGCCAAUUUCCUGUGACUUAUUGUUUCAUAAUUUGGUUAUAAUCUAGUAUUGAUUAUAAUCGAUAGAUUGUCAUACAGCUUGUCACAAUUAAUUUUAAAAAUACUAUAGUAUUUGUAAAUAUAUAAUCACAAUUUACAUUUUUUUUUCUUA